UCAUUUCUAUGAGGUGUCCAGAACAACAUAUAUGAGUGAUAAUGUAAACGCUCGAUUUAUACCGUGGCGGGAAUAGAAAGGAUACCCUCAGUCUACGGCGAACAAAGAAUCAGUAAACUAACGAUUUGCAGUGAUUUGAAUCGCAUAUCCAGACCAAAUGUAGUCAACAGCUUAUAUCGUUAUAAAAUAUCAGCAUGAUCAAAUUUGCUAAAAGACACGAUCCAGAUGAUUCUUUAAAUCUGUCGUUUCAGUUUAUUCUUCCGCCACAGUAAUGUUUUGCUACGAUGCUCAACCUAACAACGACUGCGCGGAGUGAUUUAAUAAGGACUACACCCAAGAGCUGCCCGAUAGCAGUGGCUUCUCUUCGUUCGCUGCCCAUACCCAGAAGAAAGCGGGGACGUGCCGGAGCUGUGGAAUCGUUGGACACUUCCGAAUCGCCAAAAAUAUAGCUUGAACAACCUCAGUGCUUAUCGAGAGUACCUGUGACAUAUUUUAAUAAUACAUUUCAACAUUUGAACUAAUACGCAAAUAUGUCCUGGCAAAGCUACGUGGAUAACCUGAUGGCCGAUGGCAGCUGCCAGGACUCCGCCAUUGUUGGGUACACGGACUCCAAAUACGUCUGGGCAUCGUCUCCCGGUGGUACUUUUAGCAACAUUUCGAGUGACGAGAUUGACAUCUUAAUAGGAAAGGACCGGGAGGGAUUUUUCACCGGAGGGCUGACCCUAGGCCAAAAGAAGUGCUCCGUCAUCAGAGACAGCCUCAAUGUCGACGGCGACUGGACAAUGGACAUCAGGACAAAGAGUCAAGGAGGAGAGCCAACAUACAACAUUACCGUAGGCAAAGCCAAAAAAGCAUUGGUUGUAAUCAUGGGAAAGGAAGGUAUCCAUGGAGGGCUCCUCAACAACAAAGUGCAUUCCAUGGUGGUUUACCUGAGGACGUCUGAGUAGAGUCAACCUCUGCUAGCCACCUAGCAGAAUCACCCUAACCACCCUGUUGCGUUUCACACUACUUCCACUUUUAUAGUUGGUAGCUGCUUGUUUAUUUUUUCUUCCUUCCCCUCCCCUCCUCCCUCCCUCCCCCCCUCAUACCAUUUUGUCCCCCCCUGUUUUGCGUUCUUCCGUUUUAUUUUUUCUCUCUUCCUCGGUCAUCUUUAUGUAUUCACACUACUCCUAUCCCAUUCUAGCACUACUAUUGCACCAUAGUUAAAGAUGAGCAUGUUGUUAACAGGACAUUGACAAAAUCUGUACUUACGGAAGGACCUGCACUAUGCAGGCCAAACACA